UUCCGACAGUGCCGAGAACUGAGUGAAGUUUGGGCGAACAGAACUAGCCGCUGCGCUGCUUACUUACUGAAACACUGUACCGCCGCUUUGUUUCUUUUGGACUUUAAGGCACGCAGGCUUGACUAUGGAGGUAGACCGGGUAAUUUUGUGGGCACUGUCUGUGUUUGUCGCUCUGGUCUCGGAGAGGUUUGUGGUGCUGGCUCACUUCUCUCAGUCUUCGGACAGUGACUUCACGUUCACUCUACCCGCUGGUCGCAAGGAGUGUUUCUACCAGACCAUGAAGAAAGAUGCCUCACUGGAGAUUGAAUAUCAGGUAUUAGAUGGUGCAGGUCUUGAUGUCGACUUCUUAAUCUCCUCUCCCUCUGGCGAAUUGCUGUUCAGUGACUACCGCAAGUCAGAUGGAGUGCACACUAUUGAAACUGAGGAUGGAGACUACAUGUUCUGCUUUGACAACACGUUCAGUUCCGUCUCAGAGAAGCUCAUCUUCUUUGAGUUGAUCCUGGACAACAUGGAUGCAGAUGAAGACCCAGAUGACUGGAAGGAGUACGUCCACGGAACAGACAUACUGGACAUGAAGCUGGAAGACAUUAUGGACACCAUCAACAACGUGAAGGCUCGACUGGGCAAAAGUGUGCAGAUCCAGACGUUGCUGCGGGCGUUCGAGGCUCGCGACAGAAACCUCCAGGAGAGUAACUUUGACAGGGUGAACUUGUGGUCGGUGGUCAAUCUCAUUGUUAUGAUGUUGAUAUCGGCGCUUCAGGUCUACCUAGUCCGCUCACUGUUUGAAGAUAAAAGGAAAGUCCGUUCAUAACAUCACCCCAAGUGGGGGGGGGGGGGAGGAAGUAAUGCACUUGGCCACUGAUACCUUUGGAAUCUUUUCAGCAAAUCUCCUGGUUUGUGACUUUUAAUACAAGGUGUCAGCUAUACACAUACAUAUGCACGCACACAUACACAAACAGACAGACAAUUUGACAUUCUUAAUAACAAAGUUAGCAGCAUUGUUACUCUGGUCUUCUGUCCACUGGAGCUCCUGGUUUGGAGCAGGAACUUAUAGCUGUCAGCUCCACUACAUUGCAAAUAUAGUGUCUUUGCUACAGAGAAAAGUCUCUUCGUCUCUCUUGAAAACUUGUGGAUUGUUUUAUAGUCCUCCCCAGCUGCUUUAAUUCCCCACAGAAAGUGCCAUAACAUGCGCGUUUAUGAUGAUACUACUUUUCUAACGGAGCCUAAAGUUACCAGACCUGUUGCAAAAAUGUCCUCUCUUCUUUGGACAUGUUUUUAUUCAAGCUAAACUAGAUGAAGAAAUGAUAUGUGUCUGAAGAAUUGGAUUUAUUUCUGCACAAACAGGAGUGGGAAGUGGAUUGCAGGCAUGCCUUCCCCCAUACAUUAGCUACUCACAAAGAUGCACUCAUUGUGUUCCUAAGACACUUUAGUGUAUUUGUAUUUAGCUGCCACCCUUUUUGCCUUUUGUGUGUGAGACCUCUGAAUAUUUCUCCCAUUUCCAUGGACAUUGCUCAGUCACACUUUCCCUUUCAACUGAAAAGUCAGGUGUUUAGGCAGGGCCACGCUGCUAAUGCCGCUCUUUGGCACCCGAGGGACCAUAGAGUGGGAGAAAACAGGCCGUCUUCAAAACUCUUAAUGACUGCUGCCCUAGUCUGCUCUGCCAUGACUUGUGGCCGACAUGGCAGCAACCUCGGCUACCCUGACUGCUGGCGGGUGUCUGCUUACAGGAACCUACAGUGCGAAGAUGUUGAGCCUGCCUGUCUCUGUGGUGACAGAAGUCUAUUUCUAUUUCGCCGACACCUGGAAGGUCAUUACCACUGCUACAUGGGGUGCACUGCUCAGCUUAAUAUGUGCAAGCCAUUCGCUGCCUUGGCCACGUCAGCAUUCUUUUUAAAUGUGUGUAUUUUGUUUGAUAUUCAUAUUUUAUUAGUCAUCAUUACAAACUAACAUCUGAUCAUUUUACUGCCUCUGAUGCCACGGAACAACAUUUUUGUUUUUUGUCUUCAUAUUCCUGGAGCAUGAUUUAACAUAAUGGGCCCUUUAUGGGGGGCCCACCAGAAACGGGUCCACAACUUGUCCUGAUAUGUGAGUAAAGGAGCACUUCUCAAGAGGGUUUUAUCUCUUUGGUUGCUUGUAUAGUAUUAAGACGCUACCAUGGCUUGUGUUCAUGGUUGCUGAGAUGACUUCUUUUAUUGUUAACAUUGAGCUGCACCAUCUCCAUCUUCUGAGUUUGCCCUGUACUGUAAGAUAAAGAUCAGACAGUGAGUUCAUGCCUUCACAAUUAAACAGCCUCAUGCUGGAAGUGCUGUAAAAUCAAACCUUGAGCUGUCUAAUUGUUAUAAACUAAUACAGUUUUGCCAUACAGUAUGUAUGUAUUACAUCUAUGGUAGUAACAAAUGGCCAUCCUCUGCCUUAGUUUAAGUGCUUACUACCAUCCUUAAUUCCUCUGCCCGCUUGAUCUUACUGUGGUUUCCAGUGUUUAAUUGAAGAACUUUAUGUUGAGAUUCUGUAAGUCUUUGUUUGACUUCUAAGUGAUGGAUUCAUAAUAUGAAGUUAAAGCCAGCUUCUGGUUUAUUUAAAGUGCUCCAAAGUAAUACAAAUAUAAAAGACUACACACAUGUUAAAUGUAUUUUUAAGUUACUGAGUAAGGAAUCGUUAAAGUCUCUGAGUCAACAGCCACGCUGUCUUUGAAAAAUUAUUUUUACUACCCUGACAGAGCAGUGGGGGAAGAGGGAAUGUGACGUUAUAAAGUAUUUAUUCAACUAAUGUCCUGUAGUUGUAAAUGUGUAUGAAUUAAACAAACAGAUGUUUUUCUUGA